UUGGCCGUUUCUCUGUGCCGUCAGAACGGUGCGUUUUUUGUGCUUGGCUCAGAAGGUUCCAGUCGGUUGUCUCACACGAGGAGUCAAAAUGAUGGGAGGACCGGUUCUUGUGCUGAGCCAGAAUGUGAAACGGGAGUCUGGGCGCAAGGUUCAGACAGGAAACAUCAACGCAGCAAAGACAAUAGCAGAUGUAAUCAGGACAUGUCUGGGACCAAGAGCUAUGAUGAAGAUGCUUCUUGACCCCAUGGGUGGCAUUGUAAUGACCAAUGAUGGGAAUGCGAUCCUGAGAGAGAUUCAGGUGCAGCACCCAGCAGCUAAGUCUAUGAUUGAGAUCAGCCGCACGCAGGACGAGGAAGUUGGAGAUGGCACCACCUCCGUCAUUAUCCUGGCCGGCGAGAUGCUUGCUGUGGCAGAGCAGUUCCUGGAACAGCAGAUGCACCCCACCGUGGUGAUCAGUGCCUACAGACAGGCCCUGGAGGACAUGCUCAACUUGCUGAAGGAAACCAGCACCCCUGUGGACGUGAACAGUCGGGACAUGAUGCUGAAGAUCAUCAACUCGGCCAUCAACACCAAGGCGCUUAGCCGUUGGUCAGAGCUGGCCUGCAACAUCGCCCUGGACGCCGUGCGCACCGUGGAGCUGGAGGAGAACGGCCGCAAGGAGAUCGACAUCAAGAAGUACGCCAAGGUGGAGAAGAUUCCCGGUGGGAUCAUCGAGGACUCCUGUGUGCUGAAGGGCGUCAUGGUGAACAAGGACGUGACGCACCCACGCAUGCGGCGCCUCAUUAAGAACCCACGCAUCGUGCUGCUGGACUGUUCCCUGGAGUACAAGAAAGGCGAGAGCCAGACAGACAUCGAGAUCACGCGCGAGGAGGACUUUGCAAAAAUCCUGCAGAUGGAGGAGGAAUACAUCCAGCAGAUCUGCGAGGACAUCAUCCGUCUGAAGCCUGACCUCGUCUUCACAGAGAAGGGCAUCUCCGAUCUGGCUCAGCACUAUUUAAUGAAGGCCAACAUCACCGCCAUCCGUCGUGUCAAAAAGACUGACAACAACAGGAUUGCCAGGGCGUGUGGGGCGCGGAUCGCCAGUCGGACAGACGAGCUUAAAGAGGAGGAUGUCGGCGCUGGCGCGGGGCUGUUCGAGGUGAAGAAGAUCGGCGAUGAGUACUUCACCUUCAUCACCGAGUGCAAGGACCCCAAAGCCUGUACCAUCCUGCUGAGGGGGGCCAGCAAGGAAAUUCUGGCUGAAGUGGAGCGCAACCUGCAGGAUGCCAUGCAGGUGUGCCGCAACGUGCUGCUGGACCCCCACCUGCUGCCGGGGGGCGGGGCCGUGGAGAUGGCCGUGUCCCAGCGCCUGACGGAGCACUCGCGCACCCUGACCGGGGUGGAGCAGUGGCCGUACCGCGCUGUGGCCCAGGCCCUGGAGGUCAUCCCCCGCACCCUGAUCCAGAACUGUGGAGCGAGCACCAUCCGUGUUCUUACCUCCCUGAGGGCAAAACACUCCCAGAAGGACAACGUGUCGUGGGGGGUGAACGGUGAGACUGGCACCCUGGCAGACAUGACCGAGCUGGGAAUCUGGGAGCCGCUAGCUGUGAAGGCGCAGACGUACAAGACCGCUGUGGAGACUGCCAUUCUGCUACUCCGUAUCGAUGACAUCGUUUCAGGACACAAGAAGAAAGGCGGAGAUGACAAGACCGGCGGAGAGCAAAGUGCAGAGUAGUGGGAUUUGGGAGGGGUGCUGAGACAAGGCCGUUAUCUGGAGAGACGUGAACGCAGAGUGGAUAUGAGGAACGUGGACCUGACUCCUCUCCGAUGUGUCCACUAUGCGAAACAUUCAGGCCGUUUGUAAGUCUUUGGCUAACAAAUAUGACCUGUAAUGUAAACUAAAUAAAAAUGAGAAUGUUCUCCUGA